CCUCUUGAAAAGAAGAAAGAUAAAAAAGGCCGACAUGGAUCGAUAAAAGGAUCAAGGAAAGCAUUGAAGGAUUCAUCAAAGGGUUCAAGAAAAGGGUCUGUGAAAGCAUCAAAAAGAGGAUCUAGAAAAGAUUCCAAGAAAGGAUCAUCUAAGAGAGGAUCUACGAAAGGAUCUACAAAGGGAUCCACGAAGGGAUCGCUGGUUGCUCCAAGAAAGCGAGGGUCCAGCAAGCGUGGUAAACGUGGCGGCUCAGCUCGACCGUCUGGCACAAUUAGUAAACAAAAACGAGGAAUGUCUCAAAAGCCAUCGAAAAAAUCUUCCAAAAAUAAAAAACAUCAUAAACUGGGAGGAAGCUCUAGCAAGAAGUCGUCAAAGAAAGGAAGUCGAGCAUCGAGAAAAAUGAAAGACAAACAUAGAAAGAAAGAAUCAGGCGAGAAGCGUCGACAUCAUAAGAAGAGUAAGAUGAAGCGUGAAAAGAUCGUCAAACCCGACAAGAAACAGCGCAAGAUUUCUGAGAAAAAGAAGCCGGACAAAAAACACUGGAUUGAGCAAGAGUUCCUUCAACCUAGUCCAGGAAUACAACCGCCAAAAGAGGAGGAGCAAAAGUAA